ACAUCUACUUUUACACAUCAAAUCAUAUAUAUCUUCAAUUGAUCAUAAAUUGUUUGAUGUGGAGAUAACUUUUCACUCCACAUAUUUUUGCGGCUCGCUCCCCCACGCUCGGUUUUAAUUCUCCGGAUGUACCACAGUUUUAUUUUUCAGAACUAUAUAAGGAUCACGAUUAAUAAGCUAAUUAAUUUUCAUAAUUGUUCUUUAUCUUUGAGCUCAAUUGAUUGGGAAUCUAUAAAUUAUAUAUAAAGAAACGACAGACAUUAACAAUGUCUUUACAUGGUAAAGUUUUUAAAUUAGCCAAUGAGCAUACCAUUCCAGCUGUCGGAUAUGGUACCGGAACUAAAUGGUAUAAAGCCGGUGUCAAUGAACUUGACACUAAUUUAGUUAAUACUUUAGUUAAAGCAAUUGACUUAGGUUUCACUCAUAUUGAUGGUGCUGAAGUUUAUAAUACCAAUGAAGAAAUUGGUGAAGCCAUUAUAAAAUCAAAAGUUAAAAGAGAUAAUAUCUUUGUUACUUCCAAAUACUGGCCAGGUGUUGAUGAACCAAAUAAGCAAACUCCUUAUGAUUCAUUAAAGGCAUCUUUAUCCAAAUUAAAAUUGGAAUAUGUUGAUUUGUAUUUGAUUCAUACUCCUUUUAUCACUAAAGAAAAGAAUGGAUUUGAUUUGGUUGAAGCUUGGAAUUCAAUUGAAAAAUUAGUUGACGAAGGUUUAGUUAAGAGCGCUGGUGUCUCUAACUUUACUGUCGAAAACAUUGAAACUAUUUUGAAAUCUAACCCAAAGCACAAACCAGUUGUCAAUCAAAUUGAGUACUCAGCCUACUUACAAAAUCAAACUCCAAACAUUGUCAAGUUUGCUAAGGAAAAUGGUAUUUUAAUUGAAGCUUACGGUCCAUUGGGUCCACUUACUAAGGCUAAAGGUGGUCCAUUAGAUUCAGUAUUGGAAAGUUUAGCUAAAAAGUACAACAAAACUGAUUCACAAAUUUUAUUGAGAUGGGUUUUGGAAACUGGUGUAUUACCAGUUACUACUUCAAGUAAGGAGGAAAGAAUCAAAUCCUACUUAGAUAUCCUCAACUUUGAAUUAACAUCUGAUGAAGUUAAACAAAUCUCCGAGGUUGGAAGUACUAAAACUUACAGACAAUUCUUCUCCAACUACUCAAUUUAUGAUUAGGUGAUUUUUCUCAAAUAGCUAUGUU